GUCCCUUUAAAAUAUCUGGCAACCCUGUGCACUAAGUAGCGCCGCCUCGUCCAGUCACACAACCCGGCUAGCUAGCUGAUGAUUGACACGUACUGUAAUAAAUCCUUUCAGGACAUCUUCACAUCACUUCACCAGGCGCAUUAUGGCCAACAAGUCUGAUGACUUCACCCUUGUGUUGGGUCACACCUUCACGGAUCACUCCGACCAUCACUUUACAGAAAUGAACGUCGACAGGAUCUACAUGGAUUACAAUGCCACGACCCCUGUGGAGCCAGAGGUGAUUCAGGCGGUUUCUGAAGCCCUCCAGGACGCCUGGGGAAACCCCAGCAGCAACUAUGUGGCAGGUGCUAAGGCCAAGGCUAUCAUCAAUCAGUCCAGAGUGAAUGUGGCUAGAAUGGUUGGUGGUAAAGCAGAGGACAUUAUUUUCACUUCAGGUGGAACAGAGGCCAAUAACCUGGUGCUGCACACAGCUGUAGAGCACUUCAGGAAGGUCUGUAAGGCUGCAGAGCAAGGUGAAGGGCAUCAAAACGGAUGCAGCGGAUUACCUCACAUCAUCACCUCUAACGUGGAGCACGACUCAGUCAAACUUACAGUCGAGCACCUACAGAGGGCUGGAAAGGCAGAUGUGACGUUUGUGCCUGUGUCGAAGGUGACAGCCCGUGUAGAGGUGGAAGAUAUCAUUGCUGCGGUGCGUCCCAACACUUGUCUCAUCUCUGUCAUGCUGGCCAACAAUGAGACAGGAGUCAUCAUGCCAGUCCAGGAGAUCUGCCAAAGAAUAAAAUCUCUCAACAAGCAGCAUGACCGGCUCAGGAUCCUGCUCCACACUGAUGCAGCCCAGGCUCUGGGGAAAAUCCGAGUGGAUGCCACUGAACUGGGAGUGGAUUAUCUUACAAUAGUCGGACACAAGUUCUACGCCCCUCGGAUCGGUGCUUUAUACGUGAACGGACCUGGAACGAGAACACCACUGUAUCCGAUGCUGUUUGGAGGAGGACAGGAGAGGAACUUCAGACCGGGCACUGAAAACACUCCUAUGAUUGCUGGUCUGGGAAAGGCUGCAGAGCUGGUGUCCUCUAAUCUGUCAGAAUACGAGAGUCAUAUGCGAAGUACGAAACUUUACCUGGAGGAACGCCUGCAGAGCGUUUUUAAUGACAAGAUCCGCUUCAACAGCCGUUACCCUGGCUCUGAUAUCCUCCCCAACACAUGUAACGUGUCCAUCCUGGGCCCAAGAUUACAAGGAUGGCGGGUAUUGUACAACUGUAGGAGGCUGCUGGCCAGCGUCGGCGCCGCCUGCCACUCAGACAGUGGAAACAGGCCUUCCCACAUCCUCCUGAGCUGUGGCGUCCCCUCGGAGGUGGCAGCUAACGCGCUGAGGCUGAGCGUGGGCAGGGGGACGACCAGAGCAGAUGUGGACGCAGUCGUGGAGGACCUGAGAGAAACCGUGCAGCUGCUGGAGGACAUGAACUGACGUCUUUUUCGCUUGAGCGCAGAGUUGUCCUGCAGGUCAAACGAGGAUGUGCGGCGCUAAACAUGCAUCAGCUGUGUUUAUUGCUAGAACAGCAUAACAGAUCAUGUGAAAAUGGAUGAAGUAUAUAAUAUAAAUAAUAAAAAAGGAAGAAGCUGAAGUGA